UUGUACAAAUGUCGCGCUCGCGCAGGCAAAGGAAAAGCACCAUUCUCUGCGCACGGUCCCCGUCACGUGUAACUAUGUCACAGGGAUGCAACUCAAUCUCAGGAAUACAAGAGUAAAGACAUAAACGCCUCACAGUAACGGGCAAGACGGAGCUAGAGGAAAAGCACCUGAAGGCAGCACGAAUAAAGAGGAAGGGGCGGGUGGGGGGCUGCAAGCAACAAAGCGGCUGUGAAGCUUCAACAACUGGACGCUCCGAGCUAAGCUAACGGCGUUAAAUGUUUUCUCCCGUGUGGGCCUCGACUCCACAACAUGACGGUUGUUCUUGAGGAGGACGAAAAAAGCCGCGCCACAAGCUCGCAGUUCCCCCCAAGUUGACAGGACCGUCCUACUUUUAACUUUGUCCGAUGGAAGCCACGGGACGAGGCCCGAGGUGGAAGAUGCAUCUCCCAGAGUUUAAACCUGGCACGGGAUGUCCGAGUCCUACUCCCAAAGAGGUGGAGAGAGGUGAGGCGGAGAGAGGGGGGGACGGAGGAGAACCGCACAAAAGUGUCACCAUAGCGCCCACGUCCAGGUGUCUGACAGGCAGACGGUACGUAACGAGGAAGCCUCUGUUCUCUGCAGACCAACACGCCUCUAUCUUAAAGAAGACGCAGAAGCACACAGAGAAGGAGGAACACUUGGGUGUUAGCAGAGGAGAAGACGACGCAAACAUCUUGGAGCUGACCCCAGAGAGCUUCAGCCUCUCUCUCAGUGACGUCUCUAGAACUGACCCGGGCUCACCCCUGGGGGUCUCGGAUCUCGGGGACCGGCUGCGCCACGAAGAACACGCUUUUGGAUACCCCGGCAGCAGAUCAGCUCAGCGGAGCCUCUCCAGCUCCGCCCUGGAGGUCCAGAGACUGAGCCCACCUCGUAGGCCGCAGCUGACCUCCACUGUCCUGUAUCCUACCUACACCCCUCGCUCAGGGCACUCCAGGCCAGGCCAGACCCAGCUCAGACUGAAGGGGAGGGAGAGAGAGACCUUCUCACCUGGGGGAGACAUAAAGGGACUUCCGAUGUCCCCGCAUCAGGUGAACUACUGGACCUGUGCCAUCCCCAAAGCUUUGCCCCCAUCUCCAGACAGACACUCUGCAGGCUGGGACCCAAACAGGGAGUACCAGGCCCUGCUGGACUACACCUACCCCCUGAGACCAGGACGGGUGGACUGUGAGGGGGACGGCUCCAAGCUCCGGGGAGACUCCCUCCUCCAAACAGGCCGCCACCUGCAGGACUCUGGGAUCGAACUGGACCACCUGUGUAGCUCCACCAGCCUGUCAGGGUUGGACUUUUCUCUCAGCGCGGGUCACGGGUCACCUGACAUGCAGGGGUUCAACAAGUCCUCAGAAGGUCCAGACCCCAUGGAUCUGUCCCUGGACAGUUUGGACUGCGUUGGGAACGAAGGUGGAAUGAGCCGGUUUGACGGCCACUCCUCCACCUCCACUGCUUUCUCCCGAUCUGCCGGCGCUCUCCCGCGGUCCAGGUGUGCGUGCAGGGAAGUGGACGAGGAGUUCUGGCCCCUUCCGGAUCAGCUGGAGGAGCCGCAGCUGCUGUCCAGACGGGUGAGGGAUGUGACUGCCCAGCUGAGCCGGCCUGUCACAACCAGCUGGGAGUCUUCGCAGCCAGGCACCUCCUCCAUCCUGUCCUCCAUCACCCUGCCUGAGAAACGGGAGGCCAGAGACGGCGAGGAGAAGGCCACAGUCAGAGAGCUGGCGGGUGGCAAUCAAGACUCAGAUGAAGGAAAAGAUCCGACGGGCAGAGACGACAGGAGUGCUGCCCAGACCGCAGCUGAUCACAGGCACUCCGAGACAGUGAGGAGGACUUCUGGAGCCUGUGUGGAGCCUGUAGGAGGGGGACUGAGUCCAUUCAGUUUCGGGGAGGUGGAGGUUUUGGCGGAGCAGCUGUGCGGCCUCACCCUACCCGGCAGCCGGGACGACCGGGAGCAAAGUGACUCCCUGAUGCAACACAUCCAGAUCUUUGGCUCACACCUGGAGCAGCUCAUCCAGCAGCUGUACGCGGUGUCGGAGAAGAUGGAGCAGCUGGCUGCGCCCACGGUGGACAUAGACGCCGUGAAGUCGUCUCUGGCUGAGUAUCAGAGUUUUCAGAGAGAAGAGAGCAGCCACCAGCCCCUGACCUCCAGCGUUCUGCACACCGGGCGGCUUCUCCUCGGCUGCAUCAACCGCACGUCUCCACUUUUAAGAGACACCCUGCUGUUGAUCGAGAGGGAGACCCACACCGAACACUUCUUCUCCUCCAUCCUGUCCGCCAUGGACAGCCUCGCCCGGCCUGGCCCGGUGCGACCGAGCAGAGAGCAGGGCCCUGCGGGGGCCCGGGGGGCCACUUUGUGAACGAGACCGCUCGCAGGACUCGUCUGUGACGGGUUUUAUUUCACUUACUGCGUUGUCGUUGUCUUGCGUUCAUUCAAGCAUUUCUACUUUUAUAAUACAAGGCGCUGACUUAUGUGUCUUUUUAUUUUCAACAUGUUCGGGCCAUGUGUGCCGGUCGGGUACGUACAGCCUAACGUCUGCUUGAUUCUUGCUCUCCAUUAACGAGAAAUCAGUAGGAGAACUGUUUAGUGUCUAAACUGAACCGAUCACAGAGAAUAAUGAUGCAUGGCAAAUGUUCUAUCAUACUUUUUGCUUACUCAUGAUUGACACCAUUGCUGAUUAUGUCACUUCUAAUGUACACGGGAAAAACUGUGGUCAAUUUUUAACAAGUCUUCUUUCCGACUAGUGGAAUGAUGGGUGUUUAUUUGACUACUUUGUCUAUUUGAUCUGAAGAUUUCUCCAAAAAAUCACCAAAAGAUACCAUUUGAUGAUUCCUCAUUUGCCUAUUCAUAUACAACAUUUCAGAAAACUUGUAAUACAAAAACCAAACGUCUUAAUGGAAGCAAUUCACUAGUUUCAUGGUGAUAUUUAUUAGUGAAUGUUCUUACCCCAUUCAUCUCUAGUGUCUUCAAAAUGUCUGUCAUUUUACAUCCUCAAGUCUCCACUUCUAUUCAGUUUAUUUUUUUAUAGCCCAAAAUUACAGAUUAGCCUCAGAGGGCUUUACAAUCUGUACACAUACGACAUCCCUGACCUUUGACCUCACAUCUAAUCAGGGAAAAACUCAAGAAAUAGAAAAAGCCCUUUCACAGGGAAAAAAGGGAAGAAACCUUCAGGAGAGCAAGAGAGGAGGAUCCCUCUCCCCGGAUGGACAGAUGCAAUAGAUGUCAUGUGACCAGAUGAACAAUGUUACAGAGUUACAACACAUUCAAUGAAUGACAGACAUUAUUAAUAAUGAGUAGUAGGUAUGGACCACGAUCCAGACUUCCACAAUCCAUGAAACAGAAGGAGGUAGGGGGGGCGGGGCGCAUUAGCAGGGUUGAACAUUUAUCUCAACACUUUCUAAUGCGUUUUCAAAAAAAUGGAUAACUAUCGUGGUGGCCCUUUUCUGUGAAAUCAGACAAUCAAUAUUUGAGGACAGCUCUGUGCCUGCAUCUCAGGUAUCAAUGACUUUCUGAUGUUUUCUUAUCAGCUGGUUUAACAGGACAGGUGGCCACCUCCCACCUGUCGAACAUAACACACAUAUCCUUUUGAGCCGUUUCCACUCAUUCCAAUUUCAUUGUUAUAAGGUAACAAAUAUGUUGACGGCUCAGCUCCCCCUCCGGCUAGAACUCCCUGACGUUUCUGCCUCCAGCACAAAAAAAUGUAGAUUGGAAGUUAGUUUGUGGUUCCCACGGCAUUGAAAAAGGAUCCACCGUGUGCUUUCUUUCACUCGUAUCCGCUUAGGUUUUGUCUCAUUUGGGGGAACUAAACAAAUAAAAGCAGUGUUUUUAAA